AACUGCAGUCUUCAGUUUGGUAUUUCUUGCCUAGAAAGAAAGUCAUAAUUCUCAUCCAUUGUUUCUCGAUUCCAGGCUCCACUGUAAAGGUGGAGAUCUGGAAUAGGAAUAUUUUAAAUUUUCUAUAUGGAAAAUUCCCCGAUAAGGAAGACAUGCAAGGACUACAUCGAACCUUGCUGUGCCAAGGCCCUGUGGAACUCACAAGCGGCAAGAAAAAGAAAAAAAGACAUCUAUCCUUAUGUAAUGAUAUUUUGGUUGUGUCUAGUAACCUGAAUAAAAAAAAGUCUAAGAUAAAAUGUAUCAUCCCACUGUAUUACCUGUGGGCCGUAGAUGAUGUGGACCUAGUAGAGAACAACACAGCCUGUACUUGCAAGACUCUUUACCUCUUUUGGCCCACUGGAAAUGUUGUGGCCACCUUUCGUUCGAAAGAACAAAAAGAACGAUGGUAUUACUAUCUCACAAGAGCCGUUGAUGAAGCCAAGAAGGAUAUCAAGAAAAAUUUCUCACUGAAGAUUUUCACUGAGGACAUCACAAGCUGUGACAGUCCUUUAUAUGUAACAACAACAGGCAUCGAGACGGUGAAUGACAUUAUCAACAAAUUACUACCAAUGAUAAGAAUGCCUGUAAGUUAUUUUCAAGUUUGAGUUAAAACUGAAUUUUCUUUUUGAGAUCCACAUAUGUGCCAAUGUGUAAACAUACAAAUAAUACAGAUGUAACUUAAUCAUGGUAAAUUUACAAAUCAUAUUUUAUAAUCUUCUCCUUUUGGAACUGAAGGCAUCUAAGAUUUAAUAAUAGUCUUGAGAAGCAUUUUCCU